AUGUCCGUUCCAAACGUACCGAUCUGCCGGAUUUGCCUUUCCAACGAUGAGCUACAGGUAUCCUUGUUCAGUGAAUACGCGCAACGGAAGCUAUUACUUACGAAGAUACGGGUCUGUUUGCCAUUAACAAUUACACAUGCUGAUACGUUGCCGGUGACCAUCUGCAGCCAGUGUAUCAUUCGGCUGGAACAAUUCUACGAAUACUACUGCAAAUCGGAAACGUCACAACGAAUUUUAACGGCAGGUAAAGGUAAUCUGGGUGGUUUAACUUAUCGUGGGACGCGUGGUGAGGCCUACCAGCUCAAUGCGACACUGUCCGGGAAUGGAGAAACGCCCAGAAUAAGCACGAGAACGUGCGUCUUGUCCGAGCAGAACGAGCACGGUUCCACGGCGAUUGCCAACCAGAUGGAUCCGAUCCUUACGCAGUCGCCGCAAGUCACACGACCAGCAGUUACGCAUGAGAUGCAAAACCUUGGGGCCUCGAUGUCUCCACGUCCAACGUUGAGCUUUUUGCUGCACGGAUCGAAAGACAGGAACAAAAGAAAGCCGAAGAAAACUUCGACACAAAAUGAAUUUAUAAAAUGA